UCGAACGAUGAACUUAUCCCAGCACAAUUAGUCACACUGAGGACUGAACAUGUAUAUAGACCGAAUUCUGCGCGGCAUCAUUAUCUUGUACGUCUCGACCAUCACUUUCACAUAGAGCGGGUAAUGGAUACCCACCGCAGCUCCUCCCCAUCCGUGCUCACUAUCCGAUCCCGCUUCCGCCAUACACAGUCACAUCUCCCCGUAUACCUGCUGUCCACAUCACUCUCAAGCGUCUCACCUCGCACAUUCCGACUCCGUUGUCACCCCAAAGAUCCACGCUCCGUCUCCGUUGUCUCACACUCCAUCCCAGCCACAUCUCACACUCCGUCUCCGUUGUCCCACCUCCCCCAGUGCCACGUCCCACACUCCGUCCCCGCUGUCCUCCCCCCUCUAAGCUCUAUCCCAUCUACUUCAACAGCGUCAUCAUCCUAAAACCCACACUCUUCCCUUCGGCAAGGAGCCCCCUGGUCCCGCGGCUCCCCACAUCCCAAUCACAUCCCAACCACAGCCCCUCCCCUACCCACCCAAUCCAUCUCAAGCAAACAUCUCAAAUCAUCAUACCCCCAACGCAUACCCUCUCCCUCUCGCCCCAUCGAA